CUCACCGAGAGCGCUGGUGUUUCUGAGUCAAGUGCUGACAACCGCCUGGCUGUUCGCCGCAGCGCUCACUGGUGGAUUCCCUCGUUAAUGAGUUAAUUUAAUGCCGCUGUACAAAUUAGCUCGUUUCCCCUAUUCGACCUCGUUAUCAUUCACGACCAUAUGUUAGGAAAACCGAGCAGGGGCGGGCGAACCGACAGUUUCGGAGGCUGUCUGGACGGAAGGACGACGCGGUUAGUUGGCGUUACCGCACAGCUGUGGACCGAAGAGAAAACCCGACAGGAACAGAGCAAACCGAAGGUAACUUCAACAUAACAAGACUGCAUAACAAGCGCAGGCGGAAUUCGCUGCCCUGUUGGGAACACCUGAGCACUGCCAGCCAUCACAGGAGCCCCCCGACAGAGAACGCGUCCAGUGUUUUGAGGAUGAACCACCUAUCCUUCAGUGAGCUAUGCUGCCUGUUCUGCUGUCCUCCGUGCCCCAGCAAGAUCGCCUCAAAACUUGCCUUCCUUCCCCCGGAGCCCACCUACAGUCUCAUGAGCGACGACAGUGGGAGCCGCUGGACCCUGCACCUUUCCGAGCGGGCCGACUGGCAGUACUCUGCACGCGAGAGGGAAGCCAUUGAGUGCUUCAUGACCCGCACUUCCAGAGGGAACAGGAUUGCCUGCAUGUUCGUCCGCUGCUCGCCCACUGCCCGCUAUACUUUAUUAUUCUCCCACGGAAACGCUGUAGAUCUGGGUCAGAUGAGCAGCUUCUACAUUGGUCUGGGAUCACGCAUCAACUGCAAUGUAUUCUCUUAUGACUACUCUGGGUACGGGGCCAGUUCUGGGAAGCCAUCGGAGAAGAACUUGUAUGCUGAUGUCGAUGCUGCUUGGCAGGCCUUAAGGUCACGGUAUGGCAUCCGGCCCGAGCAUGUGAUCGUGUAUGGUCAGAGCAUUGGCACCGUGCCAUCUGUUGACUUGGCUUCACGUUACGAGAGUGCCGCAGUCAUCCUCCACUCUCCGCUCACCUCUGGCAUGAGGGUGGCAUUCCCUGACACCAAGAAGACCUACUGCUUUGAUGCCUUUCCCAACAUUGACAAGAUUUCAAAGGUGACAUCACCAGUCCUGGUGAUACAUGGCACGGAGGAUGAGGUCAUCGACUUCUCACAUGGCCUAGCCCUGUACGAACGUUGCCAGCGCCCUGUGGAGCCGCUGUGGGUCGAGGGAGCAGGGCAUAAUGAUGUCGAGCUCUAUGGACAAUACCUGGAGAGACUCAAACAGUUUGUUGCGCAGGAGCUGGUCAACCUGUAGGAGAGAUGGAUCACUGUGUGGAUAGGGUGCUGUGAAGAAAGCUGGAUCACGGUUAUGGAGAUAUGGGGGUUGGGAGGGAAACCAAAGCCCAUCCACACGGUCCACUCCAGAUGCAACAGCUGUGAACUUGAAAAAUAUAAACCUUGGAAAUGUUUUUUGUUCUGUUCUUCAUUUUUAUCACGUUGCACAUUUUUUGUGUGUGAAUGCUGUUGAAGGAAGACAACGUGCUAAGCUGUUGCUUAGCUGGCAUGUGUGCGUAACAUUGUUGCUGCCUUUAAUUGAAGGACACAGUUCUUAAACCAGGACCUUUUAUCAACGCACCAGGUUCUGAGAAACGGCCUUCUCUUCAUGUGUGCCAGAUUCCUCAGUCAAACUUGAGUUCUAACUUUGUGGACCAAUAUGGUUCAUCACAAUAGUCACUCAUUUUUUUUUUUUUUACUUUAUAAUAUAUUUUUAUUUUACAUAAUUUGCACACAUCAGCAGUCACUAAGGACCUGUACAGGACGAGCUGAUGGUUAGUUCAGAAGUGCCAGCAUUGCCCAAUGUUAAGUGUUGUUAACAAACAAAACAAAAUAAAAAUCCCUGGUUUCCCAAACUAUCUUUUAACUAUGUCCCCAUAUAUUAAAAUGUUAUCACGGAUUGUCUUACCAUCGUUUUGUCCUUUUAUUUUUUGUUGAUUUGCCUUUUCAUGCUGCAAAGCCCAAAUCAUUUUACCAUUUCUAACAGAACUCUAGCGACUUAUUGUGAACAUAGUCAAGUAGCAGAGUGUUGCUCUGUCAUAUUUGCAGAAACACUUGCCUCAAAUGGCGUCUUGCGAGGUCCAAUAUCAGCUAUCUGUAGAGACGAUGAAACCAUUAAACCUAUGGGUGCUACUGUAAACAUUCAGGUGAUUAUCAACCGGUUCAUGGAAGAAAUGUAUUGUGUUCAAUUGAUCCUUCAGGGUCUUUUGUUUGCAAAUCUUAAUUUUUGUCAUUGUAAAUAAUCUUUGUACUGGAUGUCAUUUUUAUUGUUUUUGAAUGGUAACAAAUCUUAACUGUGUCUCCUUUACUAACUGUAUCUUACAUCUUUGCCCCCUCCCCGAUUGGCUUUAGUUAACCCUGAAGUUUGGGGCUGCAUAGAAGGAACUAUUAUGUCAGAAAAACAAAACAAAUUCAAAUGUUCAUAGAGAAUAAAAUCGUAUA